CACAGAUUUACGUUACUAUCCGAGGAAUCGUACUCCACCGUUUCGUCCCACUUUCUUCGCCCUAGUCCCCGAGAAUGUGGGUCUCCCCACCGGUAUAUCGCUGCCACUAGGUGAUACUUCGCGACCAUGGGAGAGGGUUUGAGCGGCCUCACCUUGAGUUCCACGGCGCUCGCAAGUGACGAGAUAAGAGUUGUUUAUUAUCACGAACAGACAGUGGCGGUGGUAGAUCUUGGUCCGAGAAAUGUGUUGCACGACUGCAAUAUAAUCGAAGUAUACAAGCCAUCAGAGGCUACCGAAGUUCUACGAAACUUGUCUAUGACUUUACAUCCACAAGUGGUGUCAUUUCAGGAGAUUACAAGACUCAUGCAACAAUGCGAAUUGUUGGAUAGCAUUCGAGUGGAAACCACAUCCGCUCUAUCCACCAACGUACUGAGCAGAGGGACUCGCAUAGCCGCAAGUUCCAUCACUUUGCUCUCCGGCAUUCUGCCGGGAACGAAAUGGUGCGGUACGGGUGACAUAGCUGAGAAUUAUCACGACUUGGGCGACGUACCUUACGUCGACAGAUGCUGUCGUACCCACGAUCUCUGUCCUAUAAAGAUCCGUGCUCAACAGACCCGUUACAAUCUCACGAAUUAUUCCCUGUACACCAAGUCACAUUGUACUUGCGACAAGGCGCUUUAUCAGUGCUUGAAGGCUGCCAACCAUCCAACGGCGAAUCUACUGGGGCAAAUUUAUUUCAAUAUCGUCAAGGUGGAAUGUAUAGAAGACAUACGACACACCAUCUCCUCGGAACCGUUAAGAAAAUUUGUACCUGUGAAGAGAGAGUAUUAGUUGUGAAGGAUAUUAAUUAUAUAUAUGGUCUUUAUAUACAAAUUACACAACACAGCACGCCAUGACGUCGUUCAAAGGCUUACCACACUUUAUGGAAAUUGACAAAAUUAGUCAUUAUAAGUAUUAUUUGAAGGAUACGACAUUUUUUAUACUAUAUUUAUACAGCAUGGGAUUUAUAUAUUGUCUGAUACGCACUUUUCUGAAUUGUAAUUUUAUAGUCACUUUCUUAAAGGAGAUCCCUUACAUUUUGUUUCAUGCACAUUUUCCAAUUGACAAGAUAGCCUGAUCCAAUGACGAUAAGAAAGGUAUAAUGUCUCUUAUAUAUUGACUAGUACUGAGUGACUUGUGAUUGUACAAAUUUCCUGCAACAAUUCACACUGACAUAGGUGGAUUGUUUCCUCUUUUACGUCUCAUAAGAAAAAAAAAAGUAGAAAAGAAUGACAUGUACCUAUUAACCAGAGAGCUUCCUUUCUGAUAUGUAUAUAUUGAUGCGAUAAUAAUGUAUUCAAUAAAAUACACAGAUCUUCCUGUGAAUAUUUUGAAUUCCUCAGAA